GGAGGCGGGUGCAGCGGCCCCGCCGCCAUCUUGGAUGCUGCGGCUGAGGCGGAGGGACCCGAGCGACCCGCGGCGCCGUCGCCAUCGUCCAGAGACCCCCCGCGCCGUUCCCCGGCGCCUCAGGAGCCUCCGCAGGCGCCCCCGAAGUGAUGCCGAGAGCCCCCCGAUAGCCCCCCCACCAUGGCCGACAAGAGGAAACUGCAAGGGGAGAUUGAUCGCUGCCUCAAGAAGGUGUCGGAGGGUGUGGAGCAGUUCGAGGACAUCUGGCAGAAGCUCCACAAUGCCGCCAACGCCAACCAGAAAGAGAAAUACGAGGCUGACCUGAAGAAGGAAAUCAAGAAGCUGCAGCGCCUGAGGGAUCAGAUCAAGACCUGGGUGGCUUCCAAUGAGAUCAAAGACAAACGGCAGCUGAUUGAUAACCGCAAACUGAUCGAGACGCAAAUGGAGCGUUUUAAGGUGGUGGAACGAGAGACAAAGACGAAGGCGUAUUCCAAGGAGGGACUGGGUUUGGCCCAGAAGGUCGAUCCGGCCCAGAAGGAGAAGGAGGAGGUUGGACAGUGGUUAACGAACACCAUCGAUACGCUGAACAUGCAGGUGGAUCAGUUUGAGAGCGAAGUGGAGUCGCUCUCGGUGCAAACCCGCAAGAAGAAAGGGGAUAAAGAUAAGCAGGACCGGAUCGAGGGGCUGAAGCGUCACAUCGAGAAGCACCGGUUCCACGUGCGGAUGCUGGAGACGAUCCUGCGGAUGUUGGACAACGACUCCAUCCUGGUGGACGCGAUCCGCAAGAUCAAGGACGACGUCGAGUACUACGUGGACUCCUCGCAGGACCCCGACUUUGAGGAGAAUGAGUUCCUGUACGACGACCUCGACCUCGAGGACAUCCCGCAGGCGCUGGUGGCCACGUCCCCCCCCAGCCACAGCCAGAUGGAGGACGAGAUCUUCAACCAGAGCAGCAGCACCCCAACUUCCACCACCUCCAGCUCCCCGAUCCCCCCCAGCCCCGCCAACUGCACCACGGAGAACUCGGAGGAUGACAAGAAGAGGGGGCGCUCGACAGACAGCGAAGUUGGGCAGUCGCCGGCCAAGAACGGGGCGAAGCCCCCCCACGCGCACGCCCCAUCCCCGGCUGCGCCCCCCCCGUACCCCCCAACUCCAGCCGCCGGCCCCCCCCCAACCCUGGGCAACGGCCCCAGUGGUGGGGGGGGCUCUGGGGGAGGGGGUGCGGCCCCCCCAACCCCGGCAGGGGGCGGGGCUAAGGGCAGCGCCCCCCCCAGCGCUCACCCCCCCAGCACCCCCACUCCCUACGCCCAGGCCGUGGCCCCCCCCGCGCCCCCUCCCAGCGCCCCCCAACCGCGGCCCCCCAGCGCUCAGCCGGCCGCCAGCAAGCAGAACGGGGCCACCAGCUACAGCUCGGUGGUGGCCGACAGCUCCUCGGAGCCGGGGCUGAGCGGGGGGGGCUCCUCGCAGCCCCUCCCCAGCCAACCCCCCCCCAGCAGUGCCCCGAGCCCAGUGGCCCCCCCGCCCCUCCCAGUUCUGGGGGGGGGGUGGCGGUGGGGGGGGGGCGCCCCCACCCUGCUGGUGCCGCUCACCUCCAACCCCCCCGCCUCGCCCACCCCCACCUUCGCCGAGGCCAAACCGGGGCAGCCCCUCCUCAACGGGCCCCCCCCGUUCAGCGCCCCCCCUGACAUCAAGGCGCCGGAGCCCCUCAGCAGCCUCAAAUCCAUGGCGGAGCGAGCGGCCAUCGGCUCCGGCCUGGAGGAUCCGGUGCCCCCCCUGCACUUGGCCGAGAGGGAGCUGCUGUUGGGGGGUGGGGGUCCCCCCCCCGCGGCGGGGCAGCCCCCGGGGGGGCUCGGGGAGGUGAGCAUCCCCCUCUCGUUGGGGGUCUGCCCCCUCGGCCCCCUCCCCCUGGCCAAGGAGCAGCUCUACCAGCAGGCGCUGCAGGAACCCGCCUGGCACCACAUGCCGCACCCCUCCGACUCGGAGCGCAUCCGGCAAUACCUGCCCCGCAACCCCUGCCCCACGCCCCCCUACCACCACCAGGUGCCCCCCCCGCACUCCGACACCGUUGAGUUCUAUCAGCGCCUCAGCACCGAGACUUUGUUCUUCAUUUUCUACUACUUGGAGGGCACGAAGGCGCAGUACCUGGCGGCGAAGGCGCUGAAGAAGCAGUCGUGGCGCUUCCAUACGAAGUACAUGAUGUGGUUCCAACGCCACGAGGAGCCCAAGACCAUCACCGACGAGUUCGAGCAGGGCACCUACAUCUAUUUCGACUACGAGAAGUGGGGGCAGCGCAAGAAGGAAGGGUUCACCUUCGAGUAUCGGUACUUGGAGGACCGAGACCUGCAGUGAUGAGGGGGGCCCUGCAGAGACCCCCCCACACUUAAACCCCCCCCCCCAAUACUCACAGGGACCCCCCAAACCCCCCCCCCU